AUGACUACGGCCAAGGCGAAAAAGGGUCUUUCGUAUGUGCUCGGAGAUGCGAGUGCGAAUGAAAACCACAUUCUCCCCAUCAAUGCCAUGCAAUUUUCGGCGUCCAGAAAUGUCCUCUACACUGGAGGAAGAGACGGUUUGGUGAAAUGUUGGAAUGCUCCUGCUAACACCUCCCGACUGCUGGAGUUUACGUUUGGCAAUGGCGAUAAAGACGACUCGCAAGAUUUGGAUGAGCGUCUUUUGCGCUUGGAGACUGCCAUCUCCUCCAAUCCAUUGCUGCACCGUAUCCCACAAACCAGGUACGAUGCUGGAAUGGUUCGUAAUUACAACAUCCACUUCGACUGGAUCAACGACUUGAAGUUGGUCAAUAACGAUCGAAGUCUUGUCACAGCUCUGGCUGACUUGUCCCUCAAGUUGAUCGACUUGGACGGCGACGACUCUGACGUCCAUAAGUUCCGAAAUGUUCACACUGACUAUAUUAAGAAGAUAUCGUCUAUAGCGCCGCAUAAUUUGGUGGUCAGUGGAGGGCUUGAUGGUUCAAUUGUUGUAUGGGACUUGGAGACCUUGAAACCUGUGCAACAGUUCCAAAACUGCUCGGCUAGUCCCCAUUCACCUCGCUCCGUCUAUGCACUUUCCAAUAACCACCUGAAUUUGAUCUCUACGGGCGGGCCCAAUAACACGAUCAAUAUCUACGACCGCCGUAUCGACUCCGAAGGCCAGUCGAAUCUCAUUCGUCGCUUGGUUGGUCAUCAGGACAAUGUUCGUUGUCUAUUAAUGAAUGGCAACUUCAUCUUAAGUGGCUCAUCUGACACCACCGUCAAACUCUGGGAUAUGCGAAACUUUAAGGUAUACAAGAACUUUGAAGUGCACGAUGAACCUGUUUGGAGCUUGACAACCCCGUUCUGCUCGGGCUACGCCUCUGAGAGCGACUUCAGUGUGUUCUACUCUGGUGACAAGGGAGGAAACAUCGUGAAGACUGAUCUCGGUUACCUUUCCAGCAAUUCUCACCUUCAUGACUCCGAAGUUUUCCCUACUGCGGUGUUUCUGUCGUCAGACAUUGCAUUCAUAGAUGAGAAGGUGGGAUUGUGCACUUUGGUGGCAAAGAGCGACUCUCCCAUUGUCUCGUUAUGUGCUGAAGGCGAUUCUUCGCUUUUUGCUUCCACUUACACUUCGUUGGAUCGUUACUACAUUCCGGAAUCAGAUCCUCUUGCCAAGUACCAGUAUCUUCGGGCAUGUGUGGACCACUCUAUGAAUAUGGAACACGUUGAUGUUGAUGACUUAUCUGGGGUUGAUGGAGCGCCUAGCGACCAGUCAGACAUAAACUCGGACUUCUAUGAUAUAGUCAGUCAUUUAUCUAUGGAUUCAGCCAAUCUCGAGAUUCUGUCAUCGCUUUCUGCCACAAAUUUCUCUGCAGCAGGAAACAUUCCCGAUGAGGAGCUGGUUUCCACGGACUACACAUCAAUGUUCUUGAACACCAAUGGUGGCCCUUCACUAGAGUUUGUCAAUGCCUAUAAGGAUGAAUUGGCAAUUAGCUUGGACAGCAAACAAGAGUUCGACGAAACCCCUGUGGAAAUCUUGCUCAAUCCAGUUCCACCAAGCAGUGUUCUUUCCAUUCCUUUCAACAGAAAACCGUUCCAGUUUUACCAAAUCAGCCCAAAAUCGAUUAUUUCCAAACGCAUGUUCAAUAACAAACGCUGUUUGCUUACGCUCUACUUGAAUGGAGAUAUCAAGAUCUGGGACGUUCUCAUUUGCAAGGAGACGAAAUUCUUCCCAUUCGCGAAUAAUCAAUGUCCUUUGUCUAAAGACGAUUUGAAGGAAAGAACAAAAGAGUUUGACAGCAUAUAUCAAGAAUAUCAGACGUUGGAUACUCUCAAUAAUUGGUGCGAAGUGGAAAUCAAAUCAGGUAAGCUUCUUGUAAGCUUGACAGAAUCUACCAUUUGCAAUGUGGACAUCUAUUACGAUGAUCUCGUCAAGAGCUACCCGUUCCUUUCCACCGACCAUCCGGACAAUGCGGUAGCGAAAGGACUCAAGACUUCUCCUGACGACAGAUUCCCCAUAGCACGCAUCUUCAUGAACUCGAUAUUUCAGAAGUACGCUCUCUACGAAUUGGCUGCAGAUCUCAAGUUGAGGGAGGAGUUGCAGUUGACAAAAGCUAAUCCAAAAGUCAAUAGUGGAGUAGACGCAGAACAGCGUUCCAUCGCCAGUACAGACUCCAAAAGAAAGAAGCUUUUCACCAGGAAGUCGUCAAAAAAUAGCAUUCCACAGUCGACGCUCCGGAGCCCUUCAUUAUCAAUUGCAAGUAAUAUGAGCGAGUUUGCCAAUGCCGGAGAAAGUGCCGGAAAUGACAAUUCACCGCCUCCAGAAGACUCAAUUGCCAAAAUCCUUCAGAUGAACAAGCAAGUUUAUUUGGACAAGUACAAUAUCCAUGGACCCAAGAAGUUGGUGAACACGUCACUCAACCUCUACACCAACAAUCCAGAAUUACAAUUUCAUGACACAGAGGUGCUGUACAAGCCCGUGAUUGACUCCAAAAGAUUACCAGGUCAUUUACUCAUCAUUGUUUUCGAAACAUCCGCAGAUCUCGGAAAUUACAGAGAGGUUUGUAGUUUCCAUUUGGAUGAGUUGAACUCUCUACAGUUUCCAGCACCCCAAGCAAGUGCAAAGGAGGAAUUGGUCAAACAGCUACGGUGCACGUUACCCAGAUGGAUAGGCCUGCCUAUUCUCUAUGACAAGUUCCCUCAUAAGGAGCUGCCUAAAAUAUCAUUUCAGUUGAUGGAGAUGGACUAUUUAACUCUCCCACCAGAGAAGAAAAUUGGAGGCAGAUCGCAGAAGAAGAUCAAGAAGUUGCCAUCGCUUGAGAGUUCGGAGAGUUCUAUCAAGUUGAGCUCACAGAACAUGCUCCGUGUGAACAAGAUCCUUAAGUAUUUGGUAGAUAAGUUUGAUCUGCGAACCUCCGAAAUGAAGGACAAACGGCCACCUAGUGAGUGGCUUGUUCUUGAAUGUCGUGGUCAGGAGCUUAGUCCAAGCUUGACUCUUCAAACAAUCAAGACGAAGAUCUGGAAGUCCAGCAGUGAUAUAGAGUUGCGAUUCAGACGGAAGUUUGAUGCAUAG